UUAUCAUCCAACACAAUGGCCAGCAGCAUUACCAACAAGAUGGAUCCUCACUCCAUGAACUCCCGUGUGUUCAUUGGGAAUCUCAACACUCUUGUUGUCAAGAAAUCGGAUGUGGAGGCGAUCUUUUCCAAGUAUGGCAAAAUUGCAGGCUGCUCUGUUCAUAAGGGCUUUGCCUUCGUUCAAUAUGAUAAGGAGAAAAAUGCCCGGGCUGCUGUAGCAGGAGAGGAUGGCAGAAUGAUUGCUGACCAGGUUGUAGAUAUUAACCUGGCUGCAGAGCCAAAAGUGAACCGAGGAAACGCAGGUGUGAAACGAUCAGCAGCAGAGAUGUACGGCUCCUCUUUUGACUUGGACUAUGGCUUUCAACGGCAUUAUUAUGAUGGGAUGUACAGUUUCCCAGCACGUGUACCUCCUCCUCCUCCCAUUGCUCUGGCUGUAGUGCCCUCGAAACGUCAGCGCGUAUCAGGAAACACCUCACGAAGGGGCAAAAGUGGCUUCAAUUCUAAGAGUGGAAAGCGGGGAUCUUCCAAGUCUGGAAAGCUGAAAGGAGAUGACCUUCAGGCCAUUAAGCAGGAGUUGACCCAGAUAAAACAGAAAGUGGAUUCUCUCCUGGAAAACCUGGAAAAAAUUGAAAAGGAACAGAGCAAACAAGAGGUAGAGGUGAAAAAUGCUAAGUCAGAAGAGGAGCAGAGCAGUAGCUCCAUGAAGAACGAUGAGACUCAUGUGAAGAUGGAGUCUGAGGGGGGUGCAGAAGACUCUGCUGAGGAGGGGGACCCACUGGAUGAUGAUGAUAAUGAAGAUCAGGGGGACAACCAGCUGGAGUUGAUCAAGAAUAAUGUAAAAGAGACUGAGGAAGGAGAGUAUAACAGAGACAGCACCAAUGGCCAGGAUGACUCUUAA